GGGUGUUCGAAGGAACCGCGUGAAGUCUGAAUCCAUGAACCCGCAACUCGCUUCAUGCAACUUCUUGAUAUUAUGAUCAACCCAACCAAACAACCUGCUCUCCCUAUAUAAUGUACAGUGUUCAAGCAACUCAUUUCAAUCCAAACACAAUCAACAAAUCAUCCCUCCUAUUCAACGUACAAUCAUGGUUUUCUACGCAUAUGUCAAAAACAUCACCUCAAACUCGACCUAUCGAUACGUGAUUGUCUUCGCUAGCCGCGCAGUUGCCGAUGAGUGGUGGCGCGCCGUGUCCACUACCAGUGUCGUCAAGUUCUCAGAGAGUAUUCGGCGUGUCAAUGCCCAGUUCUACACCCACGACGUGGGGCAGGCCAACGCCGCCGAUACCCUUACGACGACUGGGGUUGCGACCCAAUUCCUCGGCAAGGUGUUUUUCACAUUGCAGUACGACCUGGGUGGUCGUCUGUUAAGCAUCAUCCCGCCGCUUGAUAAUUUCGUGGACCAUGUUAGCGGAAACUCGUGAGUUAAUUCCUUGCAGCGUGGUCCACAUUUGGUUGAUAGCGGCCCUACCAAAGUUUCUUCAUUCGCUCCAAAGCCGUUCCUCACGAGUACUGGUACUGUCCCCUUCAAGGGACAAAUUCGGUCUAUGCUUCGAGCACCGACCGCACUCGUUUCCGUGUUAGCCGCACCGACAGCGGUACUGCAGGGACCAUUAUAAUUGGCUCUGACGAGAUCGCUAUCACGUUGACCGCCGUCAAUAAGUCCGUUAACGUC